AUGGGCCUCCGAGCUAAAGGAGAAAGCCGAGCAAGAGGAGGACGACCUCGUCAAGGCACCACGGCAGAAGAAGCAGCAUACAUAGCCAACAGGGUUGCCGAGGCCCGGAGGCAGGCGACCGCCAAGGCCACAAGUGCCGAAAAUGUUGGUGAAGAAGAGGAAGGAAAUGAAGAGGAUGAUGAGGAGGACGAUGAAGAGCCUGCCGAAGAAGGGCAAGAGGGGCUUUCCGGGGAUGAGGUUGCCGGGUCAGAGGCGACUGGAAACCCCAAUGAGGAGGAAUUCCAGGUCUUGGAGCCACCGCGGCGUCUCCGCAGCAGGAGCAACCAAGAGCGCGCAGACGACAAGGAGACGGGAGGGGAACACCAAGGCAAGGAGCACCAAGAAGUAGAUCCUACCAAGGGGGCCCCUUCAACUAUUAUCCCCGGGGAAACUUCUCUGGCAAGGGCCUCCACCGACGACUACGUUCACACCGGCAUCUCCCCGACGAGGGAGGACAUCGAGGGCCACGUGCCGGCAACGCAAGUUGCCAGGGGAGGGGAUGACCCUUCCCAACAAGUACAACCGGCCCCAACUUCUCCCGCGGGAGGUGACAAGCUCAUGGAGGUAGCCGUCAUUGCCAAAGCCGCUGCCGAAGAGGCCACCAAGAUUGCCGCCGUAGAAAAUCCUGAGCAUACUAACGGGAACAUCCAAGAGGCCCAUGCAGCGAUGGAGGAGGCCUCCGGCAACCAGUCCGAGCCCGCCAGGAUGGACGUAGAUGCGGCACACACCAUUGACCCAUCGCCAGUGUUUGUUGAGCAACCAGUGUCAGCGGCCCCGCCAAUCCCGCCAACCAGCACAGAGACGGUGACCUUUCAAGCCAAUCUUGGAGGCCCCAGCUCAUUUGUCACUACUGAACUAAACUUUGAAGAAGAAGUCGCUCGAAUCUUGCUUCCCUUGGCCCAACAGUCUACAGAUGCUGAAGACAUUGCCAAUGAGCAAGAGGACUAUGUGUUCUUGCAGGCCAUGGCCGCAGGGUUCAAGGACGCCCAAGACAGGUGA